AUGCGCGACUUCGCCAUCGAGUCGCCAAGAGCCCCCUCGGUCGCCGGCUCGGUCGUCGCAAACGGCUUUGUCCAAGACACGAUCGAAGCGGGCGGCGGGACGGUCACGAUCCCCAGACGCGAUCAACGGCAGAUGCGCCAGUCUUGCCCGAGCAGGGGCAAAGGGGCCUAUUUUGGUCCGUCGUGUCCUCUGCACGUCUCCUCGCCAUCCGACACCCGCGGACAGGACGAUGCCGGGCCGAUCCCGCGCGUCCACGUGGACAUGGACUCGGCCAGGCUCAAGUCGGUGCUCAUCGACAGCUAUUGUCGCUUCCAGAAAUGCACCGUCGACCUGGUGCAUCGAGAAAGCUUCCUGUCACACCGCAAAGAGGGCCUGAGAUCUCAGUACUAUUCGACUUUCUACGAAAACUCGGCCCUGGCCUGUAGUGCCCGCCUGAGCACGUCCGCCGCGGUGCGGGCCUUGAGCAGCGCCUAUGCCAAACGUGCAAAGGCCGACUUGGUGGCUGAGCUCCAGGAUCCUAACCUUGCCACUGUCCAAGGUUUGCUCCUCCUCAGCGACUACGAAAUGAGCGAGGGCCAUGAUCGAGUGGGAUGGAUUUACUGUGGAAUUGCCUGUCGCAUCCUCAUCGAUCUCGGUCUGCACAAGGAACCCGUGGAUACGACCCGAGAUAUCGAUUUGGAUCCGAACCACGCCCACAUCUGCGCCUCGGCCACGGCAGGCUGCCUCGUCUACGAGACGCUGUGGUGCUUCUAUCUGGGCCGUCAGAGCACACUUUCCGUGUCCGGGAUGCCCCUCGCCGUCUCAAUCGCCGAUGCCUCCGAGAAUGUGACCCUGCGGCCCUGGCUCGACCUCUGUGUCUUCCUGGCCGAGAUCACUGCCCUCAUCAACGACCAGGCGAGCAUCGACAACAGAACCAUUGACCGACUUUCCGAGCUGGAGCAGGGACUCCGGCACUGGCACAAGAAUCUGCCCGCCUCGAUUGCCCUGGACCAGAACAACAUCAGUGCCCUCGACUCGGCCGCCUACGGUCUGCACAUGCAGUUCCUGCGGGUUCAGAUCCUGUUGCACUCGCUCCCCAGCGUCAACUCGAGGAAGCGCAAGCACAGCGACCACGGCUACGCGUCGCCCAACCCUGUGCUCCGCGGGUGGUCGCCUGAGGCGUCGCAGGAAGUCCUCCACCACAAUGCCGUCACCAUCAUCCAGCUCGCGGUGACGUAUCGCGAGACCUUUGGGGUGGAGACGACGCCGUCCAUCGUGCUGGACAAUCUGUUCGUCGCGGCCACCGCGCUGAUCGCGCACCUCCGCCGACUGCCACCACAAUCCAUCGACGACACGGGCGUCCACUGGCUGAAGCUGGCCGACGAGAUGCUCGAAGCCCUCCAGGUCCAUUUCCACAUCACCGCGCGCAUGCGGCGGACGCUGGCGUGUCUGGUCGAGGAUCACCCGCGCAUUUCACACCUCUUCUCCACGCCGGGCCGUUCUGCGGCGGAUGCGUACCGUGUGGCCGACGACGAUACCAAAGACCCCGACCAAGGCGCCUGGGGGUCUUAUGAGGCGGUCAUGAAUGACUUCAUCUUCGACCCGUACCUGUUGAAUAUGAGUGAAUUCCCCGAUAUUGGAGGAGACUUUGCUUCUUCAUAG